AUGGAAAAGCUGGAACAUUCACCUAACGAAUGCGUCAUUUAUUGUGGAACUCAAGAUCUACUCGUCGAGGAUAUUACAGUGGAGGGAAUUAUCGACAAUCUGGGCACCGUUAUUGCUGAACUCAAAGAGAAAAAUCAAGAAAUAGAGGGAAAGGUCUGUGAGCUUGUACCAUCAAUGAAAACAAAUGAUUUACCUGAAAGAAUAACCGAAUAUAAUACCAAAAUGGAAGAAUGGAAAGAAAAAUCGGGAGGAGGAGGAGGAGGAGGAGGAGGAGGAGGAGGAGGAGGAGGAGGAGGAGGAGGAGGAGGAGGAGGAGGAGGAGGAGGAGGAAGAAGUCAAAUUUAA